ACGGCGUUGUUCUCUCUCUCUCCGCACAGAGACACCAACGAAACAAAACAUCCAAUUUGCAUCAUCGUCAUCAUCAUCAUCAUCAUCAUCAUCAUCAACCCUUUUAUACCAUUUACUCUCUUCUUUCCAAGCAUACACCAAAACCACCCUUACACCAAAAACCACAAAAAAUUGGGGCAAGAAAGGUGUCCCACUUUCGCGAGAACACUUCCGAUCCAACGAUUUCUCUUGUUGUUAUCUUCAUACCCAGAGAAAAUAGUUUCUGUCUUCGCUUUUGUGUUGGAUUCAAUUGGAAAAAUCCUUGAAUGGAUCUUGGGUAUCUUGGCGUUCGGCGAUGAUUCGAGAAGGUUCUGUUUACGAUGGGAUUGAAAUCCGUUGGUGGGUUCUUCGCUAAACACCGAUUGUAGCACAAAAGAUAUUAGAAGAGGAAGAGCAAUGAUGAUGGUGGAAGUGGAAUUGGAAUUGGGGGAAGUGAAUCUUUGAGUUUGGAGGAGCUUUUGUUCUUUAAUCUUUGAGGGUGGUCUUUCUCUUGCUGUGUCAUGGAUGAGGCUAGGCCUCGGAAUAAUGAAACUGCUGCAUCAUCAUCAUCGCCUUCAGCUUCGCGGUUGCCGGUGUCUUCCGGAUGGCGUCCGAGCCGGGCUGUGUUUGCUCCUUAUGGGCCACCACAGGGUGAAGAAGCCACAGCUCAAAGGCCACAGAGAUUGAGAGUGGCAGUGACAGUGAGGAAGCCUUUGGUGGCAAGAUUGACCAAGGAAAUAGUUGAAACAUAUCAAACAUGCAAUCCAAAGUUUAAAUAUUCUGAAGAUCUAAAUCCAAAAAGAUUUUUGACCAGUCCAUCAAUUGGAGUGCUUAAUGAUGGCUAUGAUAAUGUAAACUCGGAUCUUAUUCUGACAGUGAAUUUUGUCUUGGUCCAUGUAGAGAAAAAUAAAAGAUAUAUUGUCAAAGAUCUUCUUGGCCAUGGGACAUUUGGUCAAGUGGCGAAGUGCUGGGAUUCAGAUACCAACAGUUUUGUUGCUGUGAAGAUCAUUAAAAAUCAACCUGCAUACUAUCAACAGGCACUGGUUGAAGUAACUAUAUUAACGACGUUAAAUAAGAAGUAUGAUCCUGAGGAUAAGCAUCAUAUUGUUCGUAUAUAUGAUUAUUUUGUGUAUCAACGGCAUUUGUGCAUAUGCUUUGAACUACUGGACACAAACUUGUAUGAGCUUAUCAAGAUGAAUCAUUUUAGAGGAUUAUCACUUAGCAUUGUUCAGCUAUUCUCUAAGCAGAUUUUAUGUGGACUGGCUCUAUUAAAGGAUGCUGGCAUUAUUCAUUGUGAUCUGAAGCCAGAAAACAUUCUUUUAUGUACAAGCACUGUGAAGCCAGCAGAAAUCAAAAUUAUUGACUUUGGAUCAGCAUGCAUGGAAAACCGCACUGUUUACUCCUAUAUUCAGAGUCGAUAUUACAGAUCCCCUGAGGUUCUUCUUGGAUAUCAGUACACAACAGCUAUUGAUAUGUGGUCCUUUGGGUGCAUAGUGGCUGAAUUGUUUCUUGGAUUACCAUUAUUUCCCGGGGCUUCAGAAUUUGAUCUUUUGAGGCGGAUGAUUGAAAUACUUGGAGGACAGCCACCUGAUUAUGUAUUGAGGGAGGCAAAAAACACAACUAAAUUCUUCAAGUGUAUUGGAAGUCUCCAGAGCAUAGAGAUUAGUGAGGGUUCCAAAAAUGGAAGAAGUGUUUAUCAAGCAUUGACGGAGGAAGAGUAUGAAGUUAGAGAAUUGAAGAAGCCAACCGUUGGAAAGGAGUAUUUUAAUCAUAUGAACCUUGAAGCAAUUGUUACAAACUAUCCCUAUAGGAAAAACCUGCCCAAGGAAGAUAUUGUCAAAGAAAGUCAAAUAAGAUUGGCUCUUAUUGAUUUUUUGAGAGGACUUGUUGAGUUCGAUCCUGCGAAACGAUGGUCACCUUUCCAGGCCUCAAAACACCCUUUUGUAACUGGAGAGCCUUUUACACAACCUUAUCAGCCUCCCCCAGAGACUCCUCGUGUGCCGGUUGUUCAAACUGUCAAGGUGGAUAAUCAUCCAGGUGGAGGGCACUGGUUUGCUGCUGGCCUAUCACCUAAUGUUCCAGGAAAAAAUAGAGCUUCGAUCUAUAGCAACGCACAUUUUCAGAUGAUGCAGUAUCCUCCUUCUAAUAGUUAUGGUAGCGUAGGAAGCCAUGGGAGCUAUAAUGAGAGCAUUGGGCUUGGUAGCAGCUAUGGAAGUUAUGGAGACAAUAGUAACAUGUUUUCUUACUAUUCACCGGUUGGUCCAUCUGGUAUGAACAUGCAUAACCAAGGUGGUAUGGCAAUGCUUGGAAAUAGUCCUGAUGCUCGGAGGAGAGUUAAGUAUCAACCCGGGAGUGGGCUCGGUAUAAGCCCUUCAGCAGGAAAUUUUACCCCCAUGCCUCUUGGUGCCAGCCCCUCUCAGUUCACUCCACCUAGUUCCUAUGGUCAAGUUGGUUCUCCCGGACACUAUGGACCUACAUCUCCAGCGAGAGGAACCACUCAUGGAUCACCUUUGGGGAAGACACCUGCAGUUAGCCAAUUUAAUCGACGGAAAAACUGGGGAUAUUCGGGAAGUCCUCAACCUCAAGAAACAGUAUUUUCUUCACAUUGGCAAGGACAAGGUCCUGACAACUCAAGCCUUCCCGAGGGAACAUCCCAAGCCCUUGGCAGCUCCCCAUCUUACGUGCAGUCAAAUAUGAAUCCUGGAACCUGGAAGCAGCGAGGAAGUGGAGGGAUAUCUUCGAAUUUGGCAGUGCAGUCAACAGAGUUGGCUCAUGACAAUGCAGACUCAGGCAUGCCUGAUCCUGGAGAUUGGGAUCCUAAUUAUAGUGAUGAACUACUUCUGCAAGAUGAUGGUGCAGAUGAAAGUUCCUUGACAAAUGAUUUUUCUAGAAGCAUGAGUCUUGGUUCCACGGAACCGUGGGUUGGAUUGGGAAGGUUGAACCACGGAACCAGUACAAGCUCUCCAAUGAUCGUACAGAGAAUACCCGCAUCAGGUCAAGCAUUUUCUGGUGAGAUGGGUAGCUCUCCAAUGCAUCAUGAUCUUCAAUAUAUGUCAAAGCCUUUUCAUUAUAUACCUCAUGUUUUACAAAAUUCUCCAAGCCGAUUCGGUCACCAACCUACUCAAAGGUUUCCACAUGGUAGACCUCCCCAGAGUGGCGACUGGAAUCAGCUUAAGGUUGCACCUCCUCCUCCUAGUUUCGGUAGUGUAGGCCAACGCUCUCCCAGGAAUAGCUCAUUCUCCAACAACAUGACAUGGGGUCGAAGAAUGAAUCCUCCGGUUUCAAGCAUGCCGCCAACAUCUCGCGCAAGAAAAGAUUAUGCAAGGAUUGACUAAAGCUGAACAACACCACAUAUCUGGUGAAAGAUCAGCAUGCAUGACGAGCCGAGUCUUAAAAGAAAGGCCCCCCAAAAAGUGAAAAAAGUGGUUGAAAGAUUUGGAAAAUACUAAAGAAAAGGAAAAAAAAAAAAGCCAGUACCCAAAAGUUGAUUAGCGACCCCUUUUGUACCUUUGAUUAUUUAUUGUGAUUGCUGCAUAAAAAUAAUUUAUGCUUAUAUAGUUUGCAAAUUGCAUGCCAUUGAUCAUUUAUUUGGGUAUUGGUGUUUGGUGAAUGGUGCUUCAAUCCGCACAUGGCUUAUACAUUUUUGGUAAAAAAAGGGGUUUCUUGUGGUUAAUUAAUGAUAUAUUUGUUAGUAGUGUGCAAAAGUUUUCAACUAUUUUUGCUUCCAAAUUUUCUCUUCUAUUUAUUAUUAUUGUAUUCUUAAAUGCUAUUUUAUUUGUUUCA